GUGUGGAACAGUGAAUCUAUCACAAACUAAUCGAUUAUUUUAAAUCAGAGAGCCAAAGUUCAACACCAAGUUCUAAUCUACAUAGCUUGAAUUAGUUUAAAAUUCGCAAAUCUAAAAUGAAUCUGGAAAGUUUGUUUCUUCCUUAUUUAUGGGAGAAUAUGGAACGUGCUCAUUCCACUAUAAAUCCGAAUCUUAGAGUUAGAAUCAAUCCGGAGAAUCUGGGUUCGAAAAUCAUGCACGUGUAUGAUUUCCUACCACAAAAAACGAGUCCAAAAUUGCACAUGGACUACUACAGACCAUGGGGUGAAUUGUUACGCAAAAGCGAAGGUGGUGCAUCAACGGUGACAGCUGACAAAAACCAAUUCCGUGUGGACCUGGAUGUCCAACAAUUCUCACCUGAGGAAAUCAACGUUAAAGUUGUCGAUCGUUUCGUGAUUGUCGAAGCAAAGCACGAAGAGAAAGAGGACGAGCAUGGUUGGAUUUCUAGGCAAUUCACGAGAAAAUACAUAAUUCCUGAACAAUGCGACAUCGAUCAAGCGUCCUCGAAACUUUCAUCUGACGGUGUCCUUUCGAUUAUUGUACCACGCAAGCAAAAAGUCAUUUCGGAAGGCGAAAGGGUAAUUAACAUUGAACAUACCGGGAAACCAUGCGAUGCGCAAAAUGAAGAAAGAAAGGAGAAAGAGGAGGACGUCGAGUAAUAACUUGAAAUCUCAAUACGGAAUGAUCCAGUGAAUUUUAUCAUCUUUACUGUUUUUAGCUCUUAUCGGAAAUAUUUAUUUAGUGUUAUAUGAAAAAAAUUAAACGUAUUUACGUAUUAAAUUACGUCUUAAACGUAUUUAGAUGUGUAUAGCUAUUAUUCGUUGCGCGAAUAUUCUUGUACGUAUAAAGUACAAAAUUCGAAUACAUAUAUUAUCUAUUAUUUUAAAUAAUUUUAUUUUUAUAUAUGAAUAAGUAUAUUAAAUUUAUUUCUAUUCGUCGUUUUGUAAUAUUUUGUAUUUUCGAAUAUCUUUUUAUUUUACUUUAUUUAUAUUCUUUUAAUAUAUUCCUAUCUCUUUGAUAAUGUGAUGGCAAAUGAUGAUAUUGAUCUAUGUACUAUGUAUGAAAGUUAUACUGUAUGUGUAAAGUUUUAUAAGCGGUGGAUAAUAUAUCGAAAUUUAUUGUAAUUGUAAAGCAAAUCUAAACGAUUAUGAAGAAAGUAAAGAAAAUAGAUUUUAUUUUUAUUGCAUUUAUUUGAUAAAUGCAAGUUUGUUUUUUAACUCUUGAAAAUUAUAAUUAAUUCAAAUUAUUAAAUUUGAGAAAUACUUAUACAUGUAUGUUAUCAUUAAGAAAAUAUUAACUCUAAUAGACAUAAUUUUAGAUGUAAUUAUUGAAUAAUAAAUUACAUAUUCAUAUUAAUUAAUAUUAUAUAUAUUUUCAUGCUUCAUAAGAAGCAUUUGCAUGUAAAUAGAUGUAAUCAAUAAGAUUAGAUUUAAUUAUAACAGUUAAUGAUUUAAUUAUUGCAACAAAUUAUGUUUCAAAAAAAUAUUGUAUUUUAUUUUGUCUUUCUCUAUUGUUAAGUAUAUUGGAAUUAAAUCAAAUAAUUAUAUCAAAUAAA